ACAUCAAGGUUCGAGCCGCUACAAAACGUGGCUUAGGACGUACCAGUAGUAAAAACUUUACCAUAAAUCAAGAAGCAAACAGCAACCAAGGCGGUGAUGACAGAACAUCGGCUGAUGUUACUGUUCCUGUCCUUGCGUCAAUGCUCGCUGUGGCUCUUUUGGUUGUUGCUGUCGCUAUUGUGGUAUAUAUACUGCGAGGAAGAGGACUGAUAAUGAGACUAAGCAACUCUGAAGAGAAAGAAGGACAUGCUCCUGUUGGAAAAGCACAUGACAAAGCGAUUAUUCUUGGUGAUUUCACUGGAGAAACCACUGAUGAUCUUUACGCUUUCGUCCUUGAUGAAACCUUAUGGGAAGUACCAAGAGAAAAUCUUUCAGUUAUCAAGACACUUGGUAGUGGAAACUUUGGAUGUGUUGAUAAAGCGACGGCUAUUGGGUUGUAUGRAUGCCCUGGACAGGUGACAGUUGCUGUGAAGACUCUCAAAAAGAAUGUAUCAGAAAAGGAAAAAGAAGACUUCUUCACCGAGCUUCGACUGAUGAUGAGACUGGAACUCCACCCUCAUGUUGUUAAACUAUUAGGGUGCUGCACGAAGUCYGAUGGCCCAAUGUGCAUUAUCCUUGAAUAUUUGCCCUAUGGCGAUCUCCUUGGCUACUUAAGGCGAUCACGUGGUCACGAAGAUACCUACUGCUCGGGAGAUCUUCGUCCAGAGACAAAGUUGACAUCACGUGAUUUAUUGAAGUUCGCCUGGAUGAUAGCUGAUGGAAUGAGUUUCUUAGCAGAAAAUAAGUGUGUUCAUCGUGAUCUUGCUGCUCGUAAUGUUCUUGUUGGUGAAAAUAAAAUCUGCAAGAUAUCAGAUCUUGGACUUGCAAGGAGAAUCAGAGAGGACGUCUACACCAGAACAAAAGCAGCUCGAUUACCAGUAAAGUGGAUGCCACCAGAGUCGCUUUUCCAUGGGGAGUCGUCCAUUGCUAGCGAUGUGUAA